GAGUCAUGCGUACCACGGUGGUAGCCAACUAGUUAUAGAUAGAGAUACGAAUAAUGUAAUUUUUCAUAUAAAGUAUCCUUUUUGUCAAAAAAAUAAAAAUAAAAAUAAAUUAUAAGUAUUAAUUUAUAGAUUGCCUAACCCCAAUAUCUUGCACACUCUCACUUCUGACUUAGCAAAAUCCCUAAACUCCACAGAUGCACACGCUCAUUUUUCAAAUCUGAAAUCUUUUUCAUACAGUUGCAUUAGACAAAUAUUUGUUGAUCUCAUAUUGAAAAAUUUAUUUCAGUUUGUUUUCGGUUAACGCUUUUUAACCUAACCGAAAAAUCGAACCGAUCAAACGGCCGGCCCUAAUUAAUUGCAUAUAUAUAAUAGCAUUGAAUAAUUUUAAGACGUUAUAAUGGAGAAAUUUGAUAAGGUUGGGUUGUUGUUCUUGUUAUCUUUGAUGGUGAUAACAUUAUGGUUUCCGAUUGUUGACUGCUCAAAGAAAGCAGUAGGAGUAGCCAGAAAAGAAGACAUACCGUAUAUAAAAUGUCAGGUGUGUGAGAAGCUGGCGUAUCAGUUAUACCAUCAUGUUCAGAAUAAACAAGAUGAGAUCUCUCCUAAGAAGAUCUCGGAGUAUCAGAUAAUAGAGAUUUCAGAGAAUGUAUGUAAUUUAAAGAAGCUGGAAGCUGAUUGGAUUCUUAAAAUUGAUAUAGUUGAACAAGGAGACAGGUUGGAGCUGGUUGAACAAGACUCUGAAGGACAAUGCAAUUCAGAAUGCAAAACAGUAGAGCGUGCUUGUCAAGAUGUCAUGGAUUAUUCUGAUACGGAUGUGGCAGAAUAUUUAUAUAAAACCAAACCAGAUCUUGAUUCUUUGAAAAGUUUCCUUUGCAAGGAUUUGACCAAAGCUUGUAGUAAGGCACCACCUCCAGUUCCUAAGAAUAGAGCUCCGGGAGAACCUUUUAUUGCAAAGUCCUCAAAAGAGGCUGAAAUGGAAAAGCUAAUGCGAUCCAUGCAGGAUAUGCCUGGAGCCCCUGGUAUGCAAAUGUAUUCCAGGGAAGAUUUGAUGAACCAAAGGUUUGGUGGUGAAGAUGCUGAUGAAGAUGACGAUGAUGACGAAGGAAGCUUCCCGUCAAAGGUGGGAAAGGUUAUUAAAGAAAGCCAGAAGACUGAUUGGAAGCAACAGAUCACAAAGGGAAUUGAGGACGCAAGCCAGACUCUGAAGAAACACGCUAACAGAGUAUCCUACAGGGUGAGAAAGUGGUGGGCAGCGAAGAAAGCACAAUGGAAGAAGAGUUCUAAAACUGGUAAGGGAGAGCUAUAAUGAUGGUGAAGUUCCUUUUUCCUCCUCUUUCUUUUCUCCCUUUAUAGUGCAGUUUGAUGAGAGACAGGAAAACUGUAAUUCUCUUCUUGUGUCCAUGAGAUUUUUGUUUCUCUGCCGCCAUCUUCGGCAAUUUACAUGUCAUGUACGUUUACUUUCAAUGAGUCUUCUAAUCUUGUUAGAGAUUUAUUUACCAGUAAAAAAAGUAGAGAACUUCUAGUA